AUGCAUUUGAAAUCUCUUCUUCUCGCAGCACUGCCAUUGUUACUAGAAGCAAGCCCAACAACCAAGGGCGAAGACACCACCUCACUGGCGAUCAACACGAGCUCUGGAAUAUUUGCACCAUACUUUGACAGACAUCAACCAAAUGUCGCAUCCUUCCUCGACAUUCCCUAUGCGGAAGAACCUAUUGGGAAUCUCAGAUUUGCACCACCAGUAGCGAAGACGAAUACCGGAGAUGGGAUCGUCUACGCAACGAAGCUACCAGCAGGGUGUAUUCAAUAUUUGCCUCCUUUACUUCGGGGAACUAUUGGCGAUGGACCUAUCGCAGCUGGCACGCUUCAACGCGGAGACUACGCAAAUACGACUGAAGAUUGUCUCAAACUCUCGCUAUUUGCUCCUGAGAAAUCUGUUCGGAUCAAGGAAGGCAAAGAAACCCAGACUCUGCCUGUCAUCGUCUGGAUCCACGGAGGAGGCUAUUCUGUUGGUGGCACCAACGUUCCAUACCAACUUGCACAGAACUGGGUGCAGCGCACACAAAAGCAUAUCGUCGUGCAAGUGCAGUAUCGCCUCAAUCUUCUAGGCUUCCCCAAUGCUGAGGGUCUGGCACAUGAAGACAACAACCUCAACCUUGGCCUGCUUGAUCAGCGUCUCGCUGUCGAAUGGGUCCGCAAUAACAUCGCUCGCUUCGGAGGCGACCCUGACCGUAUCACUCUUUGGGGCGAGAGCGCCGGAGGUUAUGCGGUUGACGGAUACCUUUUUGCUUGGGCCAAGGAUCCUAUCAUCAAGGGGGUCAUCGCAGACUCUGGCAACGCGUUGGCUCUUGAAGGAGUGGUUGGUAACUUGAGGAACCAUACCGGCUUUUCUCUUGCUGCAAAGUCUAUGGGCUGUGGCAAAUUGCUUCCGAAAGAUGAGCUCGAGUGCAUGCGACACGUGCCCGAGCGCAACUUGAAGGAGUAUCUCCAAGCAGAGGUUGGUCAAGGAGGGGCCGCCGAUGACGGAUUAACCGUCUCUGUAAUCGCUGAUAACAUCACCGUCUUUUCCAACUAUACUGAGAGAAUUUCCGGAAACUCAGCAAAGUAUCCAGCUAACAUUCCUGUCCUGAUCGGAACCAACACAAACGAGGGAGCUGCUGUUGUUCCAUACAAUUUCUCCGGCUUUGAAACUGCGACUGUACUGCCAAACCAGCUAAAGCCCCUUGCUGAUGGAUUCAGACUCAAUUUACAGUGCACUACCCUCAAAGAAAUCCGUCUCAGGGCUGAGGCAGGUGCUACAACCUACCAAUAUCUCUACGCGGGCAAUUUCACCAAUAUCUCGCCUUUGCCCUGGUUGGGCGCAUAUCACACGGCAGAAUUGCCUUUGGUUUUCGGUACAUACGAGACAGAAGGACCGUCUACCAAGUUUGAGCGCAUAUUGAGCGAAAGAAUGCAGGAUCUUUAUCUCAAAUUUGCUAGUGAUCCGAUGCAUGGAUUGGAGAAGUCUGGAUGGCCGAGAGCAGAGUCGCAGCUGAAGAGAUCGAAGCUUUUCAAGUUGGCUGCGGACAACAAGAUUGAGCAAGUUGUUGGCGUGAGGAACUUGGUGGAUGAGUGUGCCCAGAAUGGGUUUGCUGUAUAG